UAAUUAUUGAUAAAUUAUAUACGAGAAAGCAGACGAUAACGCCAUUAUAUAAUCUUACAUGCGCGAAAGAUAAUGUAGUGGAAAAAUCGACUUUGGAGCAAAAAAUGCCGACGUGAUUAAAGUAUACAAUAACAAUGAUUGUGUUGCAAUCUAUUAUACGGUAACCAUUGAAUGAUGCCAAUUAUAAAAAAAUGUCACCAACUCACAGGAGUUAUCAGUCUGCUGUCGCAUAAUGUAUAUCCUAGCUUUAUUUCAUUAAAUUAUACAACUAGGAAUUUCUCUAGGCUGUGCACAGAAGUUCGUACUUUAUCUGUAGGAUAUAAAAAGUACAAGCAUAAAACAAAUCCUAGUACACAAAACAUUGCUUAUUCUUUAUUAAGAACAAGCAAUGCAUUAAUUAAUGUUAUGUUAACACCUUUACAACAAAAAAGAUACUUGAAUAUUGCUGCAAAGUUAGUUAAUAAUGCUUCACCUAAAGUACAACCAUAUAUGAAACUUAUGAGAAUAGAUAAACCAAUAGGAAGUUGGUUAUUAUUUUGGCCUUGCAGCUGGAGCAUUGCAAUGGCAGCUCCUAUUGGUGCCUUACCAGAUCUCCAAAUGUUAGCACUUUUUGGUACGGGAGCAUUUAUAAUGCGUGGUGCAGGAUGCACUAUAAAUGAUAUGUGGGAUCAGGAUAUUGACAAGAUGGUAGAUAGAACAAAGGAUAGACCUUUGGUAAGCGGUCAAAUAACGCCGAGACAGUCAUUAAUGUUUCUAGCUGGACAAUUAAGUUUAGGGUUACUUGUAUUAUUGCAAUUGAAUUGGUAUAGUAUAUUUCUCGGUGCUAGUUCAUUAGGUUUAGUAAUAACUUAUCCUCUUAUGAAAAGAAUAACAUAUUGGCCGCAAUUAAUUUUGGGUAUGACUUUUAAUUGGGGCGCCUUAUUAGGAUGGUCCGCUAUACGUGGAUCAUGCGAUUGGUCCAUCUGCUUGCCAUUGUAUAUAGCUGGUAUUUGUUGGACUAUUCUAUAUGAUACAAUAUAUGCUCAUCAAGAUAGAGUAGAUGAUAUUUUGCUUGGCACCAAGUCAACAGCCAUAAAAUUUGGAGAUGAUACGAAAUUCUAUUUGUCUGGAUUUGGAAUGGUUAUGAUUGCAAGUUUAAUCACUUCUGGCAUACUAACUACUCAAACUUGGCCUUAUUAUACUGCUGUUGGAUUAAUUGCAAUCCAUAUUAGCAAUCAAAUAUAUACUUUAAACAUUAACAAUCCUACAGAUUGUGCUAAGAAAUUUAUAUCAAAUCAUAGAGUGGGCAUGAUCUUAUUUGUUGGUAUUGUAUUAGGGAACUUAAUGAAGAGAUUAUAUGUAAAAGAAGAGAACAGAGAUGAAGAAAAAACAGAGCAACAAAUUGUUGCACUAGAAACCAAAAAUAGUCUAAAAAUCUGUAAUUAAUUAAAAUUUUAAAUAAGUAU